CCCACAUGGCUGUCCCGACCCCCGGGGCAGGUGGUGUUCGCCAACACGAAGGGUACGGCCAUCUCCUGCACGGCUAGCGGAAGUCCGGCACCAGAACUUGAUUGGAUCAAAGAGGACGGCACCGAGGUGGAGAACAUCCCGGAGCUGGUGACGGUGCUGGCCAACAACACGCUCUACUUCCACCCCUUCCAGGUUCCCCGCUUCAGGGCAGACGUCCACAAGAGGUCGUACCGGUGCCUGGCAUCAAACGCCGGGGGCACCAUCGUCAGCAGCAACGUCACGGUCCGGGCCGUCCUUGUGGAACAAUAUACUAAUUAUGAAGUGACAUUGAAUGACAAAUGGGUAAUGAGAGGUAGCACAGCAGUCCUGAGAUGUACAAUAAAUCCAACUUACGUCACGGAUUACGUUAAAGUAAUUGCAUGGACACGAGGUGACAGAGAGCUGUAUUCAGAUGGAAAUAUCAGUGUGCUCCCAGAUGGUGUCCUACACAUAAGGAAUGUCCAGGAAGAGGACACUGGACUGUCUGCACUAUAUACUUGUGUAACACGCAAUGUCCUCACUGGAGAGAAUAGAACCAGUAAAGGAGCUUCCUUAAGAUUACAUGAACCACCAGCUGGAGGGGCCCGCCCAAAGAUAGAUGACAAACUCACAUCUGUGACCAUAAGUCAGGGCGACACAGUUGAGUUACCCUGCGUAGCCAGCCAGGCAUACCCAACACCCAUCUUUACAUGGAAGAAAGAUGGCUUCUCGUUGGCUAUUGAUGGCUGGCGCUUGGCACAGCGAGGAAGCAACUUGUAUAUCAGAAAUGCUACAGUUUACGAUAGUGGCGAGUACAUUUGCACUGGUGCCAACAGCCAUGGGCUCGACUCAACCUCAACCCAGCUUACUGUUACAUCUCCUUUAUCAGUACUCAUUGAGCCAUCAGAUCAGAUUGUUGACGCUGGUCACACUGCCUUAUUUAACUGCACGACUUACGGCCACCCCAUCAACACAAUUGCUUGGUUUAAAAAUGGUAAACUGCUGGUGGAGAGCAAACGUGUGUACGUUGAGUCCAGUACGAUGCUGGUGGUCAAAGAUGUGGGCAGGGCUGACCACGGGAUGUACCAGUGUUUUAUUGGCAACGACAGGGACUCGGCUCAAGGGGCAGCGCAGCUUUCUCUUGGAGCUGCACAGCCUCUACUGUUGGAUGGUUUCCAAGAACAGUUUGUACAGACAGGUCAAAAGGUCACAAUGCAUUGCAAGUUCUCUGGCAACCCAGUACCCCUGGUGACCUGGUCACUAGAUGGCGCUGAUUUACCUUUGGACCCAGCCAUAGCCUGGAACAGUUUUCUGACAAUGGAGGGUGACGUCAUGAGUUACGUCAACAUAUCCCGUGUGGAGGUGGCCCUGGGUGGGGAGUACACAUGUUACGCGGCCAGUAAAGUUGGGCAAGCAAAGCACACAAACAGGCUCAAUGUCUAUGGUAACCCAUUCAUAAAGCCCAUGCCAAACGUGACAGCUACAGCAAGCAAGGAUCUGACCCUGCGAUGCUAUGUCUCAGGUUAUCCUCUGGAGUCAAUACAGUGGACAAAAGGGUCAGCACAGUUGCCUAUCAACCACAGACAGAGCGUGUUGGACAAUGGAACACUGGUCAUUCGACAUGUCCAGAGGGAGGACUCUGGUCAGUACACAUGUGUGGCUCGCAACAGGGAGAAGCUGGGGAUGGAGAAGAACAUGCACAUCGCUGUUGUUGAGCCACCAGUUAUUGACCCAUUCCAUUUUCGACAACGCAAGCAAGGGGACAGAAUUCUUGUAACUUGUGCCAUUAUCAGCGGUGAUCUCCCUAUAACCAUUCAGUGGGAAAAAGAUGGCAGGGCCAUCCCACAGGACCUGGGUAUUAGAAUACAGCAAUUGGGUGACUAUUCUAUUCUGUCAAUAAAUGGAGCAACCCCUAGGCAUGAUGGGAACUACACAUGUUAUGUUAGCAACGCAGCAGCUUCUGUGAACUACACGGCUUCCUUACACAUUGAUGUGCCGCCACGGUGGGUGAUGGAGCCGGAAGAUUCCUUCGUCAUCCUCCACGAGUCUGUCCAGCUGGACUGUCUAGCAGACGGCACGCCUGACCCGCAGGUGGUCUGGAAGAAAGCCGAAGGACAGACACCUGGCAACUACCAGCAGCUGACCUUUGACCCCAAGCAGGACCACCGUGAACUGUUCCACAAUGGGACACUGGUCAUCAACAACGCCAAAGAAGAGGAUCAUGGGUACUACCUGUGUCAUGCCAGCAACGGAAUCGGAUUUGACAUUAGCAAAGUUAUUCAUUUAAAUGUUCAUAUACCUGCACGCUUCAAUGAACCCAGACACAACUACACCGUGAUGAAGGGCCAGAGCAUCACAAUGGAGUGUCAGGCUGUGGGGGACAAGCCACUCUCCAUCUCCUGGAGUUUCAAAGGGGCUCCCAUCAGUUCACACACCAACGACAGGGCUAAUGUCGUGUCACAGUCCACCCCACGGGGCAAGCUCUCCCAGCUGACCCUCAACCCAACAACCAGAGAAGAUUCCGGGUCCUACACGUGUAACGCCAAGAAUAAGUUUGGCUACGGAGUUCUUGUCAACAACCUUGUUAUUCAUGAGCCCCCAGAGCCCCCAAUGAAAGUGAAAGUCAGCAACAUCACAAGCCGCACUAUGGUGGUGGCCUGGGAGACUCCAUUCGAUGGCAACAGUCCCAUCAUUGGGUUCACAGUCCAGUUCAAGAAUGAAACAGAUGUCUGGCAAGGCAUCCUGCCAAAUAUCUCAGUGGGGCUCAACCAGCAGGUGGCGCUAUUGACCAACCUGCUGCCAUCUUUCACCUACCACAUCCGCGUGCUGGCCAACAACACAGUGGGCUACAGCGAGCCUAGCGACAUAGUCGAGGCUACUUUAGAGGAAGAAGCACCAACUGGACCCCCCGACAGAGUGACUGUACAGGCCAUUGGUUCACAAGCACUCAAGGUCAUGUGGGAGCCGCCAGUCUUAGGCUACCAGAAUGGAAAAAUCCUGGGGUAUUACAUCGGGUACAAAGAAACCCAGAGCCCCGCCCAGUUCAUCUACCAGACCCAUGAGGUACCAGAGGGCAUGGACCCAGCCAAAGCUCCCACAGAACACACCAUCAGUAAGCUGAAGAAGUUCACCCAGUACACGGUGCACGUCAAGGCCUACAACAUCAAAGGCAUCAGUCCAGCCUCAGCUAAUCUCAAUGUCUUCACUCUGGAGGAUGUGCCCAGCCAGCCCCCCGAGGGAGUACAAGCCACCCCCCUGAGCUCUGAGAGCAUCAAGGUGGCCUGGUCGCCCCCACCCCUCUUCACCCUACAUGGCAUACUGCAGGGCUACAAGAUCCUGUACAAGCCAGUCAGACUUGAUGAAGAUGAGAGUGACGCCAACUUCCAGACGUCCUCCCAGCUUGAGAUUGUCCUGUUUGGCCUGGAGAAGUUCACAAACUACAGCAUCCAGGUCCUGGCCUACACAAGGAAGGGGGAGGGUGUCCGCAGCACUCCUGUCUAUGUUCGUACAAGGGAAGACGUUCCUGAUGCACCCUCAAAUAUAAUUGCACUGGCAACCAAUGACAGCGCCAUCAUAGUUGCCUGGACCCAGCCUGCCAGACCCAAUGGGAUCAUCACAAAGUACUCUCUGUACUUCAACAAUGAGAGCUCUCCUGAGGUGACUGACGUGUUGUUUGAACUGUCACCAAAUGUGACAAACUACAUGAUGGGAGGGCUGGCCCGUGGGGUGGACUACGCUUUUAGGGUGACAGCAUCUACGGCCAUGGGGGAGGGGAAGAGUACAAAAUAUAUUGGCAGCAGCACGCUAGUUGUUGCACCAGCCAGAAUAGCAAGUUUCUCUGAGGUGAUGACAGUGUCAUGGCAUGAAGAUGUCAUCCUGCCAUGCGUCACUGUCGGCAAGCCCAAGCCUACUGUUCAGUGGAGAGUCAGAAACUUCCCAAUAACAAACUCAGACAGGAUCUGGGUCACUGAAGACGGUUCCCUCCACAUUUCAUCUGUCACUGGCACUGACGCUGCCAACUACACAUGUCACGCAGAAAACCCACACGGCAGCAGCACAGUGGUAUACACACUUAGGGUUCAAGUUGGAGACCACAAAGGCACCCCACCUCUGCCUCCCCACCUGUACCUUGUGCUAACUACAACGACAACCAUCCAGGUGAACUGGUUGUCAGGCAGCAACGGAGGCAGCCCUAUCCAAGGGUUUGUCUUGAACUACAAGAAAGAACACAAUGGUUGGAAAUCUCUGAACCUGGGACCCCAGAACAGAACGUUCAUAGCCAACAACCUGAUGUGUGGGACCCAGUACAAGUUCACCAUUCACGCCUUCAACAAGUUGGGGGACGGGCUGGACUCGGAGACUGUGACAGCUAGGACUAAUGGAUCAGCCCCCAUCACACCCCCACAGAGCAUGCUGCUGGCCUCUGUCAACGCCACCUCCGUCACCCUCAACCUGAGCUACUGGCAAACCUCCGGCUGUCCCAUCAGGUUUUUCUCUGUCAGCUACAGGGCCUGGGACUUCCCUAAUGAAACCUUGGUCAACAACAACAUACAGCCCAACACUACACUUUUCAUCAUCCAAGACUUGCAGCCAGCGACCUGGUACAUCAUGGAUGUGGUGGCACACAGUGACGCGGGCUCUUCUACAAGCCAGCUCAAGUUUGCCACUCUCACCUUUUCUGGAAGCACCAUCAAGCCACUGAAGGUCCUCCACAAGCAGGAGUCAGAGUUCUACGAGAAGGUCUACUUCAUGGUGCCCAUCUGUGCUGCCGUCGUCUUCCUCUUCUCUGUCACUGUGGCCAUGUUCUUGUUCUGUCGACGCAGGAAGGACAGACUGCGAUACAAAGAACAUGCUGCCAACCUUCGUCGUGACAUCACGGCUGAGACGUCGCUCAUGAACGACCUUGACAAAAGGUUAAACACUGAGCUAGACAGCAGCAGCAGCAGUACCCUACCCGACCACAUCAGCAAACAGCGCAACGCCAACCUGCUGAUCUCACUCCAGAGUGACGACAACCUCCCCGGCAACAGCAGCGCCUGGCUCAUAGACGGCAGCAACAAGACCACAAGCGACAACGGAAGUUUCUGCCGUUCUGAAGAUGAAGGAAACAUCAACCCGUACGCCACGUACAAUGAAAUCAAGCAGACGUUUAACCCUGAGAUCAGGACCACCAUACCCCUGAAGGGAGCCGCUGUACCCAAAUCUUCAUCGGAGGAGGAUGACAUUGCCAUGCAGAAGGCCGCGGCCAGGAGAGAGAUGGAGGACUACCAGUCCAAGCAGUCCACCCAGUCCACACCCUCCGAGCCGUAUGUUCCAUUUUUCCACUCCAAGAGAGAGAAGCAAGCCAAGUACACCAAGAAACAGCCACCACCUCCCCUGCCAGCACCUAGACGGGCCCAGAAGGACCCAGUCAACAAAGAAGGCUAUGACAACCACGGGGUAAUCCUGAGCCCACGCCGUUACGCCAGCGCCGACCAGAUCCACGCCCUCUUCUCCCAGCCCUCCCGGCCACACAGCAGUAUGAAAUCUGGCUCAGAGUCUACAGACAAAGGUUCCCAAAGACACAGCCUAAUCUCCAGUGUGACCACAGUAUCCUCCAGCAGGGAUGAACUACUUGAGGCCCUGGAGAACGCCAAAAGGAACCCGCCCCCACCUGUGCUGUACGAGAGUGAGAAUGACCCACACCAAGAUGGUGGCACUGAGGGGGACAUUGACCCGGACUCUAGCUCACAGCCUACGGAUAGCUCUGUAACAACAGAACCUGGGAUCCGAAUGUUUACCCAGUCCCCACCAAAACCAAACGAGCAGAGACAAGCGUCCUGUGAGGUCCCGGCAUACGAGCAACAACAAAAGCGGAGACGGCCACAAAGGAUGGAGGUGGAGAGUGACACCAAUGAGGCCCCGACAACGGCCCUCAGACGGCCACUACCACCAAGAAAAGUGCGGCCCCGUCACCGUGGCAAGCAGAGGGGGCAGGUGACAGGCAAGAGGCCACUGGGAACAUUUAUGCCGAGGACACAGAGUGGGACCAGCACCACCAGUACCAACAGUGAAGAAGUGACCUACACAUUUGGAGAGCGCGCCCAGACCCCUAGGUCCAACAGCCCAGAGAACUACCCCCCAUACGCCACGGCCACCGCCACUGUCGUCCAGGAAGGUUUUGUUGAGUUCCGUUCUGAAACUGGCCGAGCCAGAAGAGGUGGUCGCAGGACACCCCAUGCCAGGGUCCGCUAUGACACCAAUAUCCAGACACCUGGAACAGAUGACCACCGUCCACUAGUCACUUCACUGGCCCAUCCAGCCCUAGCCACUUCUCCAGAGGAGGAGGAAUCUGUCAGCUUGCUUGACAGACACUACCGGCCUGUACCUGAGGAAGAAACAGAAAUGGACACCAGAGUUGGGAAAGAGGGCAAACCUGACAAAGGAUAUACUGAAGAUUUUACCAUUGUGUAGUGUCAACACUAUUCAUUUGGCCUGACCAAUGUCAAGUCAGCCAAUGUGGCAAGUCUGCCAUCACAGCACUACAUGAAUGGAUGGACUUAACCUUUCAUUGUUGCAUAAUUUUACCCCUUAGCUGGCAGCUUUCACUCUUGCAUGCUAAAAGUUUUGGAGAUUUUAUUUUCAAUUGUUUAGUUCUAAACUAAACUACUAAAAUUUGCUCCUGUUUGUUUACAUAUAAACAGAUACCUUAUUAUUUCAUGGCAAAGCAAGAAUUCUGCUUGGUGCAAAACCAUUUAAUUUGGGCAGAUAACUUUCCAGUAGUGAAGCCAAAAAAGUCACAAGAUGUUUCUGGCACUACAAUUUUUUUUCAUCUUUGCCUGUUUUGUUUGAAGAUAUGUGUGUGCAUAAUUUGAACCUGUUGGCCGUUGUUUUGUUGGCCGAAGCUUAUUUCAAUGUGCUAAUGAAAUAUAUACUACAAGUGCUGUGAGCUUAAGUUAUAAAGAUGUUGAUAUUUUUUUACUGCGGCAACUGCUUCUCAAAAAGAAGAUUAUAAUAUUUUCACGUUUUUUGAAGCUGUCGAGAUAUUUAAAACCAUUUUCUUCUUUAAAAACAGACUGGAAAAGUGGGAAUAUUUUAAGAGUUUAUUACACAUGUGUAUGUGUAUCUUGGACUGCUGAAAUAAAUGUCACUGUAUGUCAGUGUCAUUCAAAUGUCGUUGACACAUUAAUGUCAUACUAAUUGUACGUGGUUGUCCAUGACUCCUCUGAUUUGUGUAGAUUUUCUGCUCAUUGUAUUCAAACACGCCAACAUUUCUGUCAAAUAAAUGGCAGUGAGCUGGAUGAAGAUUUCAGAGAUUUAAUGUACAGUGAAUCAUUGGUGUGAAUUUCAAGUGUGCAUAAACUGUGUUACUUGUGGACCAUACAUUUUUGGAGUAUAACUAGUUGGACACAAUGGAAAAAAAAAACAUUGAACAGAGACAAGUCAGAAAUGUUUUUCCCAACACCAGCCUUAGGAUUUCAUCAUCAGCUUUCAUCCUGAGUUCAUCACAUCCAAAGGAAGAUACCACAAAAAUUUCCUGCGAUUAUGAUUAACAUGACUCGUCAAAGAUUUAUUCCUUUUUCUAUGUAUAUACUUUUAUCUCGUUUAAAAUUUUAAGAAUUUUUUUUCAACCUUUGUUGUGAUAUUUUGGAAGUUUUGGCCAUUGGUUUUGUUUCAUGUUUUAGGCUUACAAUUUUAAAGUACUUACCUGUUUUUUAGUGUCAUGAAGAAAAGAAGAAUCCGAAAUUCUUAUCAAAGUCUUCAAUAUGUUCUCGAUACCAAAACAGUUUUUGUACUCCAUUCAGUUUUGUAUUAGCUUUUAUCAAAUCGAGUAACUACGUAAUAACACAACAUAAAAGCAACAAACAUGUAGUGGACACAGAACUAGUUACAUAUUAUAUUAUUUCUAGAUUAGUUAUUGUGCUUUGAACACAAUUAUCUGUCUUUAACUUUUAAUUUAUUUGUUCUUGAUAAAUUUAACUUAAUUAUUUUGAUUGAUACUUUUUUUCCUGAUAUUUGAAGUGCAAUACCCACUGUAGAUAGACAUAAACAUAAUAUAUAUAUAUAUACAUAUGCUAUAUAUCCACAAGUCAUUAGUUGGUGUAGAGAUGGUGGUGAACAUGGUAGGCGUGGCUGUUGACUUGGACAAACUGCUGGUGGUGUAGGGUGUUUUUGUUUACCAUGAUAUCAAACAUACAAUGUGGUGUUAUUCACAUUUAUCUACUACUCAUUCUGGUAGUAGAGAUUUGUUAUAUUUCAGUCGAAGAGACCCUUUAUAAGCUGUUAAAGUUUACUAAGCUCCAUGUUAAAAAAACAGUGCGCAAUAGCAAUUAAGAUGAAAAUGUUUUUUUUUUAAAUUGUAUUGUAAAAUUAAUUUUUCUUGCAAAUUUUAUUUUAGUAAAAAAUGAAAUUAUAUUUUAUAAAUAAGAAAAAAAACUUGUAAAAAAAUGAUGUAUGUAUUUGAAAUUUUAUGACUUGACAUAGUUGUCGGCAGAGAUGUUACUACACUACCUUUCUAUAAAAAAUUCUGAUGAAAGAAUUUUUAAAACUUAUGUUUCAAUUUUUAUUUCCUUUUAAAUGUAUAAUUUCCACUUACUAAAACCUGAAAAUAGUUAUGAUUCAUUUUAAGAACACAAUAAUGUAUUAUUUCCGAUUUAGAAUUUUAAAAAAAAAUUGGGUAGUGAUUUAUAUCAUCUCUGCAGAUGUCUUGCAAGAAUUUUCAACUACAUUUUAAGUAGGACAAUUUACAACAGUCAAUUAGAAAAACUUAACCGUAAAUAUUUAUGCAAAAGGAGUUUCUAGACCUAUGGUUUUCACAAGAAACUGAAGACCAUUAAACAUGAACAUAUCAUUUCACUGUACAUAGCAUUCCUUUAUUUAUACUUGAUCCUUCUGUGGUGUCAUUGUGAAAGAUGUAGGCUUGGAACAGUAUUACUUUCAUGUUUUUUCUUUAAUUUUUGCUGUCCAAAUUAUUUUAUCUUUGUUUUUACUCGUCCGUUUCACAAUUUGUGAUUUAAUUUUUUUAUGUCUACUAAGCUAACCAGAUAUUUUCUUUCAAUGCAUUUAAAUAAUUUUUGCAACAUUCCUACAUACUGGCCUAACUUUGUAUAAUUUAAUAGUUAUCAUGGAUCACUUAUCAUCCAUUAUCUUGUACCUACCAUUCCCUGAGUUGAAAUACACAACCAUAUCUUUUGUAACAUUUUAUUAACUACAGCUCGUGCCAUUGUUCUACUACAUGCCAACAUAAUUUUCUACUGUUUCUUUACUAAUUAUACCAUUCCUUUAUUAUGUAGAUCCAUAAUAUUAUAUCAUUCCUUUACAAAAAAAGCCAUAAUCCUUUAAUCCUAAUGCCAAUCAUUAGUUCCCUGGCCAAUUUUAGUGUAAUUGGCCAGAUUAUAUACUUUCACUUUCUUAAUAUGCACACACGAGUUGCAUGCAAUCAUAAGUUUAUGAUGCACAACAGCCAGUUUUUCUAUGAAUUGCAUUUCUUUUUUACAUCUGUUUAUUAAUCAAUCUUCAAAUACUACUUAAUUUUUUAAUUAAAUAUAAUGUGUAAUAUAAACAAACAUGAUGUUAAAAUAGUUUGCCAUUAGUUUCACACAAUUGUUACCAUUUUUAUAUUUACAUUGCACAUUUUUGUGUGUGAAUUUAAUUUUUUUAAAUUAGUUUUUACUACUUAAUAAACUAAUAAUAUGAAAUUAUUUAGCAAAAAAAAAAAAAGCGAAAUCUUUUAAAAUGGUUUUAAAGUGCAUCUUAUCAGUCUUACUUCCGCGUGGCUUAAAACGGCAAUUAAGCUGGGUUUUUUUGCUAGAUUCUUCUUUUAAAAAGCUUAAAUGUUGGGUUACCAUGAACAAGUUAUGUAUAUUCAAGGGAAGUAAUAUGCUUUAAGGGGAGUUAAACAUAUUUCUUUGUCUCUGAUUCAUGAUGGAGUAAAAAAAAUAAUUCUUUUUAUCAAUGAAAAUGUUUGAGGAAAGUAAUUACAAGUAAUUUAUUUGAUACAUAUCAGCCUCUAUCAGUUUAUCAUACCAUCAUUUUGUCAUUUCAGCUGAAUAUCAUCCUUCAUCAAUAUUGUGAUGCUAUCUCUGAUACCAUAAUGUUACUGGUGUCAUAGACUAGUGAUCAUCUCAUUUCUUGUUAUUGUGAUUAACUAUUUAUUAACGGAGACAUCAUUUUACAAAGAUGGCUAGCGUGGUGCCACACCUCUAGAAGAGACCCUUCCUCUGACUGUUGAAGCUUUCAAUCAUGUGCCACAAACUGAAGAAGAAAUUCAUCCUUGUGUGUAUCUCUUCAAUUUUUUUUUUCAAUUUUUUUUUUUUUAUAAAUAACUGAUUGGGCAUUGUUAAUUUAUUGAAUUAAAGUUUUUGCGAGAGAGAGAAAAAAAAUAACACCCAGAACUACACUGAGAAGUUUACUAUAAUAUACUUUAAAUAAUAUGCUGUACUGUAAAUAAAAUUCAAGAGAUGCACACAAUAUAAAUUUUGAAAAAAAAAAGAAGUAAGAACUACAACAAAAAGAUGCACUUAAAAUGGCAGCGGAACAAAUCCAUAUUAAUACUAUUGAGUAAACGUCCUCUUAUUUAUUCCAUAAUACUUAAACAUUUAAUUUUUUAAACUUUCUUGUUGUAAAUAUGUAAAUAGUUUCUAUUGUUGGUACCAUCCAGUCACUGCUAAGGUUUUUUGUCAUUUCAUUCAUAAUUAUUUAUCAUUCCAUUCUCAAUACAUCUGUCACCAAUGUAGCUGUGGAAGGAGACCGAAACUACUUAAAAUAAAUUCAUUUAAAACAUGCCUAACGCUACUGUUCACUGCUUCAUCUUCACAACAUUGAGUCAUUUUUUUUUUAGUAGAUGGAAAACUCCAUGUAACUUAAUUGCUUUUAGUCGGCCAGUUAUCACACAUAGUUCAGUUUUUGUAGUCAUGAGGGUUUGUUUCCUAAAUUAGUCAUGCCGAUCUCUCUGACUCCCAUAUGUCAAUAAAUCAUGCAACCAGUUAUCAAAGUUAAUGUAUCAAGAUUUAUUUUUCUUGGAGGUUGUCCAUAAAUAAGGUCAGCUAUUUUAGA